AUGUCAUGCACGGAUCUUGGCGUGGUAGGAAGGGUACCACCCGGUAACACAUUAAAUUAUCGCCCUUUAGACUUAGUGCUAACCGAACGGACGAGUAGUACCAUGAUCGGGUUCCAUAGUAACGUAAUACUAGGUGUAAUUCCCGAGUGGUACUCCAAGCCAGCCACACCAAAUGCAAUAAACAGGGUUUCAUUAGUGCAAGCACAUUUUUAA